AUGGCGUUGGACAUUGACUACACGCGACGCAACAAGAAGCCGCGUCUGUUGACGGAUAGCGAGCGGGAUAAGCUCGAUGAGUUUAUUGAUUCGAUCCAUUACUCCAGUCGCUACAAUGACGACCACUUCGAAUACCGCCAUGUGCAACUCCCCAAGCAGAUGCUCAAGGCCAUUCCCAAGGACUACUUUGACGGAGCGCGGGGCACGCUGAAGUUGCUGUGGGAGGAUGAGUGGAGAGGAUUGGGGAUUACGCAGAGCUUAGGAUGGGAACACUAUGAGGUCCAUGAGCCUGAGCCGCAUAUUCUACUUUUCAAGCGACCGAUCAACUUCCAACCCGGACAGCAGCAGUGA